AGAAGUAUAGUACUGCGGGGAUGCCCCUAGUACUGCACUAACUUCCUCUGUUUCUGUCGUUUGGUGUGGCGAAGGUGAAGUCAGCCGUAUAUUUUUAGAUCGUAUAAAAGGAACGGACUUAUGACACACAAUGCCAAGACAUUAGAAUGACUAAGGAAUAACAAAUUCAAGCCGGAAAAAUUGUUUCCUAAUAUGGGUAUGAUGACUUGAGCCCACUUCACUACAUGUAACAGCUUGAAGUCAACUUGCAUUUUCGUGGCCACACAAGGUUGUUUUGUACUGUUUAUCACUUAUUCUUGCUGUUGAAUUGACUCAGCAUUAUUUUGGAAUACAUGGAGGAGGAAGGAAAUGGUUUUGAUCCAUUUUUCGAUCGACCUAGGCCUCAACGAUCUCUCAACGUUGUGCUGGCGAACCCAAGAGAAACUGGGGUUGUAGAAUUUCUGGCAGCUAUUAGAGAGGGAAAUCUUGAUGAAGCAAGGACCAUUUUCAAUGUUAAGAAGUUGGAUCCUAAUAUCACAUGGACUCAGGGAGAAACAGGAUUACAUCUUGCAGCAAGAAAUGGCUACCUGGAAUUUGUAAAGUUUUUAAUUGAGACUGGAGCGGAUGUGAACAUAAAAGAACCACGCAGAAAGCUCCCCAUCCAUGUAGCUGCGUCAAGUGGCCAUGCUGAUGUCGUAAAAAUUCUCAUAGAAGCUGGUUCCCCUUUAGACGAUGUGGAUAGAUUUGGACGAUCACCACUAAUGUGGGCAACUAAAGGAAGAUAUGUUGAAGUUGUAAAGGUUUUGCUCCAGGCAGGGGCAUCUGUGACUUCACAAGGAAAUUGGCAUGCUCUGCAUGAAGCGUGUAAAGCAGGUUAUACGGAGCUGGUUCAAGUGUUAAUAGAUUCAGCGGCACCAGUAAAUAAUCCAGUUCAGUAUUCCGGUGGUGCUCCCUGGUCACCUCUUCACAUUGCUGUUCGGCAGGGACAUCUGGAUUGCGUCAAAUUACUUAUCAGGGCUGGGGCUAAUGUGAACAGUGUCAAUGCUGGCAAGCACACUCCUCUACACGAGGCUGCCUACAGAGGAUAUGACGACAUAAUAUUGGAACUUCUUCUCCGCGGGGCAGACCCGCAUGCAACCAGUAAUCAGAAGAGAACACCCCUACAUGAAGCUUGUAUUCAAGGAAAUGUGAAGGCUGUGGUUAUGCUUCUGGAUGUUGGCAGUAAAGUCAAUGGCACAGAUCUAUUACGGGAUACACCUCUUCAUAUGACCCUUAGAGCUGAUCAUGCCUAUGACAUUGCAGUCCAGUUAACGACUAUUCUGCUCCAGUAUGGGGCAUCACCAACACUCCUUGGACAUGACGAUGACAUGCCGCUUGACAUAGCGAGACGAAGUGGCCAGAGUUACUGCUUAGAGUUGCUGGAGAUUGCUCUUGAAAUGCCUCAGCCACUAACACGGAUUUGUAAAGUUCACUUGAGAAAACAGUUUGCCUGCCAUUGGAAUGACAUAGAGGAGCUUCCACUGCCAGUGACAUUAAAAUGUUUUCUUAUAGAUGAAGUUUAGCUCAAGAUUGCAUGUCUCUGCAAAGAGAAAUGAAUUUUAAACAUUGACUUUUAUAAAAUUGGUGAACCUUGGAUGAUUGAGAGAAGUUUUAUUCAAGAUAGCAUAAUUAUUUUCACAAACAAUUGCCACAGGCAUCUUGUUUGGAGACUGUGAAUGUGGGCACACUCGUUGUCACAUUCAUUUUUAUGUAUUGAAAAUGGUGCUUUGGUACCACUAAAUAUUGCAUUCUUUAUCACAUUUUCACAGUUGUCACAUACACCGGUUAAAGUGUAGCUCUCUUUGUUAGUUGUGUAACCUCUGACUUUCUGCCAUUUGUUCUCUUCGCUGUCAGUAGGGCAACGGUGAUGUAAUCUAGAGAUCACAGGUUUAACCCUACCAUACCAUGGCCAGUGAAGUUUUUCUUUGCCUGUUGUCCCAGUUUAUUUUCUAAGCCGAUGCUCAGUAGCAAAUUCCCAAUAGGUGUUGUACUUCCACUUUGUAAUAUUAUAUAAUUUACUUGCAGUAACUAAUUCAAUCUGUAAUUUCCGAUGCCUCUUAGGAUAGCCUUGCCAUGCCCCUCCUCCCCCACUAAGCCACUUCCUCCCCAAGAAUGAUUUACUUAUUGGUACUUUUCGGAGGUUUUAUCCAAAUUCUGUUGAGCUGAGCAUGUACCUCAGUAUAGAUUGGGAGUCUCCGCUGGGAUUUUUGAAUUUUAAAACAUUUAGACUGGUGUACUAACCAGUGUGUAUAACUGCCUCUCUUGUAAAAUAGAUUGGUACCUUUCUCAACAAAGUAGGUCCACUCACGCAUGGAUUGAUAUUAAUAUUACUUCCUGUAGAUGCAUAG